CCGCUCGCUCUGCGGGAGCGCCGGAAGUAGCACUGUCAGCAGCUGCAGCAGCGAUUGCUCUGGCCUGGCGCGGCCGCCAUGGCGUCCCGCGGCACCUGGUGCCUGCGGCGGGUCGGGGCCAGCAGCGAGUGGCUCCUGCUGGAGCCCGGCACGCAGGUAACUCUAGGCCGAGGAUUAGAUCUCACCUACCAGCUGGUGUCAAAAACCUGUCCCUUGAUGAUCUCUCGUAAGCACUGUGUUUUCCAGCAAAAUGCACAAGGGCAGUGGACUGUCAAGGAUAACAAGAGUCUGAAUGGAGUCUGGCUUAACAAACAGCGCCUGGAUCCCUCAAAAGCCUAUCCUAUAACUGAAGGAGACCAUAUCCAGUUGGGAGUGCCUUUGGAAAACAAAGAGACUGCUGAGUAUGAGUAUGAAGUAAUCAAAGAGGAAUGGGAAAAAAUCAGACCAUUUUUAGCCCAAAGAAGUGACCUGGGGAGAGCUAAGAGUCCAAGAAAUAAACGUAAAUUUAGUUUGGAGGAAUCAUCUGGAUCAGAAGGUCCUUCAGAUUCCAGAUCCAAAAGAGACCGAGUGUCCUAUGAUGAUGAAUCUUUGGGUAAAUCAUGGGGAAGGCUAGAAAAGGCCAAACAGUUCACAGAAAAGAUGGAUGUCAAGCUGCCUUCUCCUGGACCGAGUGAGGAGGAUAGUGGUCCGGUUCACAGUUGCCUUGUGCGCUCCAAGGAAGCUGUGUCUGUCCCACAUAAGGACCAGAAAGACUCUGGUCUUGUACAGUCAUGGACUGGCUUGGAAAUGCUGAGAAAAACUCUAGCAGAUAUAACGAAGUUAAAGGUCAAAGUGCAGGAGAAGCAGAAAGCAGUUCUGAAUGUGAAACGGAAGCGCAGAAAGUGUGCUAAGAAGGAGAUCCUGGCAAUGGAGCAGGAGCUUCGAGAGUUGCAGGACCAGCUAUGCGUGGAACAAGAACAUCAGCAGCAGCAGGUGGAGGAGCUAGAGAGGACAUUCUCUAAAGAGCAGCAGAAUCUAGAGGGAGUAAACUGGCAACACGGGGAGGAAAAUCUGAAGGAGCAGCUGGCCCAGGUCCUGCAAGAGCAUCAUGCUUUGAUGGAAGAACUGAGCCGUAGUAAAAAAGAUUUUGAGGAGAUAAUUCGAGCCAAGAAUAAAGAACUGGAAGAAACCAAGGAGGAGAAGGAAAAGGUGAGAGCCCAAAAAGAAGAGGUGUUGAAUCAGAUGAAUGACGUGUUGGAGAAUGAAUUGCAGUGCACCAUCUGUUCUGAGCACUUAAUUGAGGCAGUCACUCUGAACUGUGCACACAGCUUCUGCUCCUACUGUAUCAAUGAGUGGAUGAAACGUAAAGUGGAGUGCCCUAUCUGCAGGCAGGAGAUCCAAUCAAAGACACGCUCUCUGGUGCUGGAUAACUGCAUUGACAGGAUGGUAGAAAAACUGAAUGUGGAAAUGAAAGAGCAUCGUCUGACCCUUAUCAGACAGAGGACAGGUGAGAGAGAAACGGAACAUGUUGGUGAAACCAGCCACAGACAAUGAGAGAAGGAUCAUUUCUUCCAUCUGCUCCAUUUUGGUUAUGAGUGCUUUUGACAGUGAGGAUUCUGAAGAGAAUUCUUACUACAAUGAAAGCUACUGCAUUAUCUGAACAGUAUUACUGCUGGCUCGUUUGACUGUGUGCUGCCCAGAUGCAACCUAGUGGUGUUUGGUUGUCUACUGCUGCAUGAGUGGACUGGACUGGACUGGACAUCUGGAAGGAGAGACUGAAGAGGCUGGAGUUGAGAACUAGCAGCAUUUGGACCUUAUUUUUUAAGUUAAUGUACAGAAACUUAUCUCUAAACCAAAACUGGGAUCGUGAGAGAGCAAACUGCUGUUAUGCUAGAUGACUGAGAUACAAAACCUAGGCUUCCAUGAUGGCUUGUGAUCUACUUGGUGUAACAUAAUAGUUUGUGUGCAUCACUGCCCUUUCCUUUAGUGAAUGACAUGUUUAGAUGUGUACAUCAUCUUCCCUUAUUUCAGGCAGCAGAGGGAAUUGCCCAAGCUAUUUGAGAACUUGCCCAUGCAUGCCAACAGGCAGGAGAGGAAAAAGUGCCAACUUGGGUUUUUCUCUGAAAUUUCAUAUGGGAGCUAAAGUAAUCUCAAGCUUCUGGUAGUAAAGGUAACAAGGGGAGUGGAUUAUGAACCAUGUUAGUCUUACGUGCUUGAAUGCAUUGUAAGCUGAGCUGCUGGCCAUCUGUUUGCUCUUUUGAUGUAACUCAUUUUCUGUUAGAUAGGGAUGGGGAAUAUUAAAUCUUCCAGAAUUCCUUAGUUAGUCCUCUUGUCAAGUAGUAUCUUUGGUUUAUUCCCUUUUCAGGCUUGUGCAUAAAGGGUUUUAGGAUUAGGAGGCAGCACACCUCGAUAUUGUUAGCAAUGACUUCAGAAACAAAUACUGUUCUUGUCAGCAGUGGAGAGGAACCUCUACAGAAGUGCUGCUAUCUGAAUUAGUGAAAUGUCCUGUUGGCAGAGUAGGAAGGCAGCAUUCGUAGGCAACCAGGAGGCACAGAAGGAAGUAUUUAGUUUUACUGUUUACAAAACAUUGCUGUUGAGACAUGGGUUGUACUACUCUCACAGCAAGUCACUCACCCCUAAGAGAUUGAGCAAGUCUUCCCUCAUCCUAUUAGGAAAUUGUCUAUGAAGUUCCACUUUCAGUAGCAUAUGCUUUUGACUUAGCUGUUACAUGGAAAGGACUGUUUUACGCUGUGAGAGGAGGAUGGGGGAAGCCCUUCUCAUCUGUAAUAUUUCUUUGGCUAUUUUUAUGUGCUUUCUUAUUUCUAUGUUUUGUUUAAGAAGGAAAUAUAAAUCCAUUUCUGCAUUUGUAGUUCUUGGUGCAACCACUGAAAUUUGUUUUUUUCUCUUAGUUUUCUUAGCUGUUUUGACAAAACAUGGACUAUCUCAUUUUAAAUACCUUUGUUUAGUUCAUGUUUUGAUUGCUGUAAGCAGUGUGACUGUUCUAAAGUUAUUUGAAAGACUUGUGUAUUCAGGAAUUGAUAAAAGAAAACCCAACUCCUCAAGCCUGUGGCUACCCUAAUGGUAAUUUAGUAGGUACAAUCAUGCCUUUUAUCUUCCACUAAAGAAAGAUCCCAUUAAAAAGGUGUAUGAACAAUGAUGCUGUCCUAUGGAAGUAGUGCAUUCUGACAGAUUUUAUGGGUAGGAUUUAAACAGGGGAGGUGGGUCUGGUCCAUGGCCAGACAGCUUUCUUUAAAAUCGUAGUGUAAAAUUUGUCUUGUGAAGAAGCCAUAACAUCUUAAGUUUUCCUCUUUCCCUUUUAAUGUUUAUUUUCUAAUAGGCUCUUGAAAGUUUCUUUUGUGAAUGUGUGCUCGCUAGUAUGUCUGAGAGAAGAGAGUCCCUCAAAAUGCUUGUGAAAUAGCCUGACAUUGGAACAGGCAUUUCAGUUCUUCAGUGAAACUACUGCUGGAUACAGAGCUCAGGACUAG